GAUACGUCGCAACACUUUCGCUUGCAAUUAUUAUUUACGCGUAUUCCGAAACAGAAACUCCGUUUUUUGCCAAAAAUGCUGAAACUGAAAAACAAGCUACGAAACAAGUUCAAAUCGGCGAAAAUCGAGUGCCUCCCGGAUGACUUCAGCGUCAUUUCGUACGACGUGCAGUCGGAAUCGUCGCCGGCACCGGCGCCAACGGCUUCCGACGGCAGCAAUGACGAUGGAUACGGAGCGCCACCGGGAAGCUACAACGGGGAUUCCAGCAGCCCGAGCCCCAACGACGGACGAACGUCGGGAUCUUCGAUGAACUACAACUGCUGCUACAAUUACAACUUUAACAUCAACUACAACUUUUCCCCGCCGCCCCACGGAUGCCACGACGGACGGGGUAACGACGACGAGGAGGAAAUCUUCGAAGAGGAGUGGCUCCGAAUGUUCGACAGCAACAGCAAUCUGGUGUCGGAAAGCUCGGCGGAACCCACGAAGAAAGCGAACAAAGCGGCACCGACGAGAAAAGUACGACCGGCUUCAACGGAGCGAAGCAAGCGGAGCACUUCCAGCAUGUCAUCCAAAGUGACUCCGUCCGGAAAUCCCCGGCUGAUGAAGGCUACCAUGAAGGCACCACGCUGUCUGUCCACCAGCGACCUAUCGACGUACAAAGGAAGUGCAUUCAGUGAAGACUGCGAAAGCAUCUGCAGCCGGCUGAAUUCGGUCAAGAUCACCGAGAUGCUUGACCAGAAGGGAGCUAACCUUACCGAUCACGAUCGACGUAUACUACACUGCAUGGUGCUCAAGCGCAUCAAGGAGAUCGAACGACUCGAGGAAUCCGUCCUGGCGAAGCAGUGCUGGGAACAGGAGAAGCUCUACCGCAAGACGCUGCUGGACGAGCAAGAACGCAACUACAAGAAAGCGAUACGACAAAAGCGAACCAUCGAACAGAUCGAAAUCCGAAACCGCAAGCAGCGCCUGGAACGACUCGAGCAGCAACAGAUCGAGCGAAUCCAGAACGAAAUCAGCGAGAAAGAUAUCCGCUCGAGCAGCCUGCUCAAAACGCUCGUCAUCCAGAAGGGCAUCAAGGAGUGCGAGAAGAAAAACCGCGAACUCAAACGCAUCGAGGACGCCACCAUCAACCAGGAGGAAAAGAUCCUCGACAAAGACAUCUGGCGCCAGUCGCUCGUGGACCACCUCGAAGAACGCGUCCAGCGAGCGGACGUCCUCCGGCAUCGCGUGCUCGAGGUCAACAAACGCCGCAUCAAGAUCGACAAUCAGCUCGAGAAGCGCAUGCACGCCCACAACCUGAAGCAGACGCUCGAGCAGGAAAAGUACAAGCUGGUGCAGCUGCAGGAGCGAAUCAUGGCGCGCGAAUCGCGCUACGAAAAGUUCAAAGCCAGCAAGAAGCGGAUCUUCGAUCAGCUGAAAAGCCGGGCGAAAACGACGGCCGCGCUGCGCGACAUGGUCAAGCACUCGAUCAGUCCGGACACGUGCGGGAAGGUCGCAAUCAAGGUCGGGCCGGGUUCCGCGCACCAGCACCGAGUUAUCGACGUGGUGCAGGUCAAGUGAGGCGCAGCAGAAGCGGUAGUAGACGGGACGAGUUCUCGCCUACUUUGGUAGAUUGUAA